AUGCCGGCACAGAAGCGAGCAAGAUCCAACGACGCUGCUAGCAGCUCCCACGGCAAUGCUAAUGCAAGCAGUGGUACAUCAGCUACCGUCUACCGCAAAUCGGCCAAAAAACAACGCUCAGAUCAGCAAGCAGCGUCCAAAUCUCCAAACAAGCCUGCCCAACCACAGCGCACACGACCCAAAGAUGAUCCGAAACCCAAAACAAAACACGAAUUCAUCCAAGCCAAGAAGGCUGCUGCGCUCAAGCACAAAGAGGCUGCAAACGCUGCUCGUCGAGCUCAACAAGCGUCGGAAAAGCAGGCACUCAAGCAGCAGCACCAGCAGCACCAGCAGCACCAGCAACCCAAGCGCAAAGGUGCUGGGUCAAACGCAUCACCACCACAGCCACCCGCCAUGCUGAUCAAACCGCCCACACCAACUCGUUCUUUCAGGAUCGUGGCUGGAUCCUACGAACGACUGCUGUACGGUCUCGAGGCUUCGGUGGAGCCAGCCUCCGAUGACGCCUACGCCUCGGCCUCGACAGCUUUCAAUGUAACGCUGAAACCCAUCUUUACGUUUCCCGCGCACAUCUCUUGCAUCCGUACGGUUGCCACUGCUGGUUCCGACUCCAAGUGGCUCGCUACCGGUGGUACAGACGAGAUUGUCAAAGUGUGGGAUUUGCGAAAGCGACGCGAGGUGGGUCAAUUGACAGGACACGAAGGAACCAUCACCUCGCUCGUGUUUGCCUCUCGUACCUACCUGCUCACCACCUCCGCCGACUCGAACAUCAACCUCUACCGUACACGCGACUGGGCGCUUUUGAGGACGCUCAAAGGUCAUAUUGGAAGGAUCAACAGCGCUGCACCUCAUCCGAGCGGCAGGUUGGCGCUCAGCGUGGGCUCGGAUCGAACGAUUCGAAUGUGGGAUCUCAUGCGCGCUCAAGCGGCAGCCAGUACGCGGAUCGGCAUCGAGGCAGAUCUGGUUCGCUGGGAUACGUUGGGCACCAGAUUUGUCGUGCUAGCGUAUCGACAAGCCAUGAUUUUUGGUACCGACAUGUCCAAACUCGCCGAACUGGAGGACAAGAAACGCAUUGGCGAUGUUUGCUUUUUCCGCGUCACGGAUUGCGAGGGCAAAGAGCGGGAGUUGUUCCUGGCCGGGUUGGAAGACGGCACAGUCAAAGUGUUUGACCUCGACGCUGACGUGACGCAAGAGUCGAGCGCAAAGCGCAGCAAGCCGAAUCCCAACGCUGACGCCGAUACAGACGAGCAAGACGAAAGCGACGACGACGCACAAGACCACCUCAUGCCGCUCGUACAAGUAGGUCGUCUGACAGGACACAAGAAUCGCGUUCGCUCGGUGGCGCUUCUGCCCGUCCGCAUCUCGUCGCACAAAGUGUCAUACGUCGGCAUCACUAUCUCUUCGGACGGCUUAAUUCGAACGUUUGAUCUGGGUCCCAUCAUCGCCUCUCUAUCCUCGACCCAACGCACUCGUGCAGAGUACGCCUCGAAAGUGAUCGACGUGCAAAGCAAUGCCUCCUUUGAUACAAACGGUACGCGACUCACCUGUUUGACCGCUGUCGGCGUUGCAGCCACCUCGCCCAAUCCAGCUGAUCAAGACGCCGACGACGAUGACGACGACGACGACCACCAAGAAUCGCACGUCAUCGUCAGCGACAAUGAUGCUGACCAACUCGACACCGACGACCAGAGCGACCUAGACGUCCAAGCCGAAGACGACGAACUCAAGGCAUUGGAACGCGCACUCAAAGACGCCCAAGCAAAAGGCCUCGAUUUGGCUGACCUCGAGGAACUGCUCAACGCCAACAAAGAGGAAGACGAAGACGAAGAGGAAGAGGGACAAGAAGAGGACGACUAA